CGAAUAGAGCGCAAUGAAUGAUCAGCCUAGUACGAAAGACAUCAAGCUUCACAAAUUUACGUGGAAUGAUUUGGAAAAUGUUACAACCUGUAUAAAUAUUGCAUAUUCAGAAACCAUGGCAGUUUUCAAGAAUGUUCACAUUCGGAGGACGUCUAAGAGUCAAUUAGAACACAUUUUUGCUACGGAAAAAGUAGAACUAUGGGGAUACAAGACUCUGGCAAAUGAAGUCGUUGCUGCCGUAAUGAUUCGAGAAAUUGACGAGAAAACGGGGGCAAUCGAGUUACUCAGUGUUUUACCGGAGUAUAUGGGACUGGGUCUCUCAAGCUCGCUAUUGCGCAAUUGUGAAUACGUUCUCCAUGAAGCAGGAAAAGAGGAAGUGCAACUGCAGGUCUAUCUUCCACGAGGAUAUUCGAAAGACGAUAUGAAGCGACUGGGAUACAAAAUUGUGAGGGAAGAACCAUGGAGAGAAUUGGAGGAUAAACUCAAGCCAUCAUCCAUCGAUUCGUGGGUGAUGCUGACUGUUAGUAAGGAAAUUUAGCUUUUUGUAUUAUUUUCUGUUUGUGGAGUCACACAAAUCUUUCCCUCAGACUUGGGAGCAACGAAUGGAUACAGAAAACAAGGAGGAGCACUCUCCAUCUCUGCCGAAAGCCGAAAACGAGAAGGUAAAGGAAAAAGGUAGUUUACUGUCUUUUCAUAAGAAGCAGAGCAAGAAAAGGAAGACAACGAAAAUAAGAGCGAUUUGGAAGAAACAAAGCGGGAAUUGUACUCAAAGGUCCCCAUGGGUAAAUCUGUAGAGAUCGUGCAAACAAGCCCGUCACUCUUUCCAUAAAGAAUCUAACUACGUAUGCUCCGGCACUCUUCUUGAUUCCAUCUAGAAACACGAACGAGCGACAUCUGCGAGAGAUAUUCAGUAACUAUGGAGUGGUUCGGCGUGUCAAACUCCUGCGGAGAGACCAAACUGCCAUCUCUCAGGGAGUGGGUUUAGUUGAGAUGAAUUCGGAAGAAGAAGCACUGAGAGCGAUGGAUUAUUUGGACGGAGCUCAAAUUGAUGGUAAAGACGGUUGAGAGGAUUUAGUGCAGGAGUGGUUGUAUAUGUACAGAGAGUGUUUAAAUCGGUGUUCGACGAGGAGAAGCGCAGAGAAACGAGCUCGCAUCACCGUCAUCAUCAUUCUCGCUCAGGACAUGAGCGUUCUGAUUCUCGUUCUCGACGCCGUUUGCAUUCACGAAGUCGGAGUCGAAGUCGCAGCCGAAGUCGCAGUGGAAGUCACUCGCGUCAUCAUCGUAGUCAAAGAAAAUACUAAUUUAAUUGAAUUUAAUUGAAUUGAAUUUGAUAACUAAAAUAGCGA